GUAUCUAGGUACUUAAAUACCUUGCAUUCAGUGCCUGAACAGGUGAGGCCUGUCAUGGCAUUGGGAGGUACCUACCUACCUAACCUGGCGACCAGUAACACCGUGGUCAAAUACAGGUGUAGCUGAGCCUACUCCAUGCUAGAGCUCCAUUCGCAUCUGCAACCUGGUCAGUUCCACGUCGGGAUCCUUUUUUGGAGAGGAAGACACCUAAAUCUCCACGACCCCGAACCUGCUGACUACGAGCUCAAGGCACAGCUCUACGGAUACCUGUCCUUGAAACCCCCAUUUCCCUUCCCAUUGUAUCCUACAAUUGGGCAAGCAGCACGGAAUCGAAAGCGACUUGGCAACCAGCCUCCUCCUAAUCCUCACUGUCGGCGCCUUUCCUGUCGCCCAUCACUCACGAGAGCCUCGAGCUCACCCAAGACCGAACGUUGCGCGCUCCCAAAUACUGCCUCUACCACCAGAUCAUGAGUCGAGAUGUCGAUGACCUACUACACGCCGAAGCGGCCUCUACCGUCGGCGCCCGUUCCAGCGUAGACCUACGCCGCACUGGAGGCACAUACACGGUUGCGCCGAGAAUGCAAUAUCGAAGUCGCCCUGUCUCGGUUGCUGUAGACCCAGUGUCUCUGGUCAUGUCCGAAUGUAUAUCAAUCACAUCCGCGAUUCAGAAGCAUGCGCGGUCUCCCCACUCUUCCGUGUCGGCCAUCUUGGGCGGGAGCCCAAACCCCAUUAACCUGGGGUCCCCGAAUUCUUCACCAAGGGGCACUUCCAAGACGUCGGGGGCUGGACUAGGGACAGACGGUGCCCAGGACAUUGGUUCCGCCAACAGAUGGGGUUUGCGUGGGAAGAAGGGCCGCAGCAUACAGGACAAUCCGUUAAUGGCCGGCUUCGGGAAGCUUCGCCAUGAGCUGGCUAGCGUUAGAGAUAUUCGCUCGUUCGAUGCCCUGUCUCUACUCAAUCCGUUCUUGCAGAUAAUCCAGACCAAAGGCACUGCUGCGCCUAUAACGAUUCUCACGCUGGGGGCUUUACGCAAGUUUCUGGCCUACGGCUUCAUUAGUCCCACCUCUCCACGAUUUGCUCUCGCAAUGCAGUCUCUGUCUGCAGCAGUCACUCGCUGCCAGUUCGAUGGAAGUGACGCCGGCCAGGUGGAAGUCGUUCUGCUAAUGAUUCUUCACCUGAUGGAAGACAUGAUGUCGGGCCCUGGAGGCGAUAUUUUGAGUGACGAGAGCGUCUGCGACAUGAUGGGCAGGGGGCUAGCGAUCUGUUCGCAGCCUCGAUUUUCGCCUGUUCUGCGUCGAACUGCCGAAGCAUCAAUGGUCCGCAUGUGCCAGAUUAUUUUUGAAGACGUCAAACAUCUCGAAGUUGAGGCUGGGGAUGAGUCAGACGCCCUUGACAAGCAGACAAUCGCCGACAUGGACAGCGUCAAGAUGGACCCAGUUACCAACACCGCACCAGGCUUACAAGUCACGGGUUCUGAGCAAGACGUCCGCUUGUCCACGUCAAGCUCGACGCCCUUGGAGCCAAACUCCCGUUCUCAAGUAGACUCCGAUUCCGGAGACAGCAAGAUCGACAUUGGAACAGCCGUCGAGACUGAAGGUGAAGCGGACGCCGACGGUGCAGAGAGCGCUGAUUCCUUGGACCUUCGGCCUUACUCCCUACCCUCUGUACGGGAACUAUUCCGGGUGCUGGUCAAUUUUUUGGACCCCAACGACCGCCAGCAUACGGACACGAUGAGGGUUAUGGCACUGCGCAUUAUUCAUGUGGCCCUUGAGGUCUCUGGACCCUCCAUUGCGCGGCACCCAGCUUUGGCCGCCAUCGCUGAAGACAGGCUCUGUUGCUAUCUUUUCCAGCUCGUCAGAUCCGAUAACAUGGCCAUUCUGCAGGAGUCCCUCAUCGUCGCCGGAACACUACUGGCCACAUGUCGUGGUGUGCUCAAGUUGCAGCAAGAAUUAUUCCUCUCCUAUCUCGUAGCAUGCCUUCACCCGUCGGUGGAGAUACCCCGAGAGCCCGGCAUCGACCCGUCACUGUACGCUGGUAUCCCUCAGUCUCCGAAACUCGUCAAGCCUCCACCGUCGCAAACGAGUAGUGGGCGCUCAACGCCAGUGCCGGUUAAAGACCGCCAGAAGCUUGGCCUUGAGGGCGGCGCAAGGAAGCCUGACGCGAGACAAGCAAUGGUCGAACACAUUGGCGUGCUGUCGAGGAUGCCGACUUUCAUGGCCGAGCUCUUCAUCAAUUAUGAUUGCGACGCUGAUCGAGCGGAUCUGUGCGAAGACAUGAUUGGUCUUCUCUCUCGUAAUGCUCUGCCGGAUUCUGCAACCUGGAGCACGACGAGUGUGCCGCCACUGUGCUUGGACGCGCUGCUACGAUACAUCCAAUUCAUAGCUGAAAGGCUGGAUGAGGCGCCUGUUAUUGAUUGCUAUCCUGACGCUACGGAACUGCGGGAGCAGAGACGCAAGAAGAAGAUCAUCAUCAAGGGGACCAGCAAGUUCAACGAGAACCCCAAAGGUGGGCUCGCGUAUCUCGAGGCUCAAGGCAUCGUCGCAGAUGUCAAGGAUCCAAUUGCCAUUGCCAAGUUCUUGAAGGGGACUUCCCGAGUGUCCAAAAAAGUUCUCGGCGAGUACCUUUCCAAGAAGGGCAGCGAGGGUGUACUGGAAGCGUACAUGAACCAGUUCGAUUUCUCUGAGAAACGCGUGGACGAGGCGCUCAGGGGGCUUUUGGAGACAUUCAGACUGCCAGGCGAGUCUGCCUUGAUCGAGAGAAUCGUCACUUGUUUCGCGGACAAGUAUUGUUCCAAAGCGAAGCCGACAGAGGUUGCCAAUGCUGAUGCCGUUUUUGUUCUGACGUACGCCAUCAUCAUGUUGAAUACUGACCAGCACAACCCUAACCUCAAGGGCCAGAAGCGCAUGACUGUGGAAGACUUCGCGCGAAACUUGAGGGGGGUGAACGACGGCAAGGACUUUGCGCCCGAAUAUCUCCAAGAAAUCUUUGACAACAUCAGGACCAACGAGAUAAUUCUGCCCGACGAGCACGACAACAAACAUGCAUUUGACUAUGCUUGGCGCGAGCUGCUAGUCAAAUCGGAAUCGGUGCGGCCGUUGGUUCUCUGCGAGACGAAUAUUUACGAUGCCGACAUGUUUGCUUCCACCUGGCGGCCCAUUGUGUCCACGCUAUCCUACGUCUUCAUGUCCGCCACCGAUGACGCAGUCUUUGCCAGAAUUGUCACUGGGUUCGAUGAAUGCGCUCGAAUAGCGGCCAAGUACAAAAAUACUGAGGCUCUAGACCAGAUCAUUUACUCUCUUAGUCACAUGACGACACUGGCUACCGAGAUGCCUUUCAACACAAGCUUGAACACCGAGGUUCAGGCUGGCGACAGCAGUGUCAUGGUUAGCGAGUUGGCCGUCAAACUGGGAAGAGACUUUAGGGCACAGCUAGCGACUCUGGUUCUCUUCCGAGUCGUUACUGGUAACGAGGAAUUGAUCCAAUACGGCUGGAAACACAUCACUCGGAUCUGGCUUAAUCUCUUCGUCAAUUCUCUGGUUCCCCCUUUUUUCUCCGCAGAAUCUGCAGUCUUGGACAUCACCCCGAUCCCGCUGCAGACCCCAUCCCAAGUCAUUGAUCGAGCGGCAAAGACGGUGGACACGGGCUUUUUUUCUGCGUUCACCAGUUACAUCUCCAGCUAUGCGGCAGAUGAUCCACCAGAGCCCUCCGACGAGGAGUUGGAGAGCACUCUAUGCACCGUCGACUGUGUGAACUCUUGCCAUAUGGGCAAUGUUUUCGCCAACAUAUCCAAACUUUCACCUCAGGACUUGGAACCGUUGGUUGGUGCACUGCUCGAUGCGCUGCCUGAAGAUCAUAGCCCCACAGUCAUAGUAGUGAAGUCGGAGAACGUACCAGCGGCGUCCAUGAACGGACAGAAGCCAACGCAGACAAGCGUUGUGUACGACCCUGCCAUGGCCUACAUACUCGAGUUCAGCACUGUGCUCGCUCUUCGAGAUCAAGACACCGUUCAAAUUAUCGGCAAGAAGGUCAUAGAAGCACUGCAAGCGGUGCUGCGGGAUGCUGGAAAUUACCACUACAUCAUUGUCUCCAGGGCUACCUUCUACCUCCUCAAACUCUUACAGGUCAGCUACGUACAUGACUACAUCAACGUCCCGGUUCUGCUACACACAAUAUCGAGCUUUGCGAAAGAAGUUCUGGCAAAGACUUCCGUCUUGAUGCUCCGGGGGUUGAGGCUGUGCAUCGAUGAGCCUAGCCCUCUACGCAAUGAAAUCAUGACUUCUCCAGACUUCUGGGCCAUCAUGCGGGCGUUGGCAGGGCGCCAGGAGUCAGCGUCACUUGUGUUUGACAUCCUUGAGUUGGGUUGCGGAGGUGCACCACCAGCGAUCAUUGCAGACAAUUAUGAAGCGGCGAUUUCUUUACUUGGUGAAUUUGCGUCUGGAGCUGGGCGGGCUGUGCUCAUGGAACGCAAGCUCGAAACACAGCAGCGCAAGGUACACGAAGGAACUCGCGAGAAAACAAACAGUGUCAACGAAGCUAUUACACGUGGGUCCAAGGCGGUCAACAGCAUCUACAACAUGACAGCACGUAUCCCCUUCUUGAUGAAGCAAUCUCAUCUAGAAAGCAGCGAAGCUUGGUCCGCCUACUGGCUGCCUAUCUUUCAGGCACUCACAACGCAAUGUACAAACCCAUGUCGCGACGUACGCCUCCAGGCUUUCACCUCGCUGCAGCGAUCGCUGCUCUCUCCCGAUCUGACUUGCAGCGACCAUAAGGAAUGGACAGCCAUCUUUGGCGAGGUCUUGUUCCCACUGAUCCAUAAACUCUUGAAGCCAGAGGUCUUCUCCUCAGACCGGGACGGCAUGAGCGAAAUGCGGGUUCAAGCCGCAUCUUUGCUGUGCAAAGUCUUCCUUCAAUACCUGGUGUUGCUCUCAAAGUGGGACGGAAUGCUGGAUCUUUGGGUGAAGAUUAUCGACAUCAUGGAUCGGUUGAUGAAUAGUGGCCAGGGCGAUAGCCUCGAGGAGGCAGUUAGGGAAAACCUGAAGAAUGUAGUUCUUUUCAUGGCAAGUAGCGGCUUCCUUGUUUCUCCCACAAAAGAUGCGUCGAAGGAGAAUCUGUGGAACGAGACGUGGAAACGUAUUGAUCGUUUCCUUCCGGAUUUGAAGAGCGACUUGGUUCUAGAAGAGCCCAGGAGCGAAGGAGAGCAAGCGCCAGCUGAGGAGGCGAAUGUAUAGACUCGUAUCCAGGUAGCCCUGUGUAUCAUUUGUUGAACGUCCACAUUUACACAUUGGCCAGCUAAAAGCAGUACGGCAUACUCCAAUAGCCAAGUUACCACGUUGCCUUGAAAGUUAACAAUGCGAUGGCUAACACAUGAGCUU